UCUAUUUCAUAACGAUCGGGGAUGUCAUAAAACAUGGACACAUUCCCUUCGGGUUUACUGAACGCGUAGUGUACUUUUCAUAAAAAUCUCGGAAUAAAAGUGACGAUGUUGAAAUAUAAAAUAUACGCUUAUCUGUAUUUAAUGUUUUAUUUGAUUCACAAAGACGUUAUUGACGCGGUAAUAUGUGAUGAGGAAGAUACGUUGCAAGUCAGUACAAAAAUUCGCCUGAAGAUUUACAAGGGUAACAGCUCUCACUUCACAUCUACCGAAAGCAUGGUUACGGAUCCAGGAAACAUUGCAGACGACAUAUUGCCCGACCGAGACAGUAUCCUCUAUAUACAUGGAUUCAUGGAGAAUACGGAAGCAGAGAACGCUCGGAUAAUAAUUAAAGCCUAUCUGGACAAGGGAGACGUGAACGUCAUUCUACUGGAUUGGGGAGAUAUAGCAUUUCAUAUUAAUUACGUUUACGUGUCCAGUCAAAUUGUCACAAUAGGAAAGGCGGUUGCUGAAUCCCUAAAAAAACUCGUCGAUCUGAUCGAUUUAGACACGUUACACGUGGUUGGGCAUUCUUUGGGCGCUCACAUAGCUGGGAAUAUCGGCAGAUACGCGAAUAUCAAUCUCAGUCGAAUAACGGGCUUAGAUCCAGCGCUUCCGUUGUUUUAUCCUUCUACGUGUCACAUCAGAUCAACCGACGCUGAAGCCGUUGUUAUCCUUCACACUGAUGGUGGAUUUUAUGGGACAGCUACCAACACGGGAACUGUUGACUUUUACGCAAACGGGGGCAUCAGUGUUCAACCGGGUUGUCCUAUAAUCUUCGGUGGAGAAUUAUGCAGCCAUCAAAGGUCUGUCCGAAUAUAUGCAGAGUCUCUAAUGAAUCCAAAAGCAUUUCCGGCACAUAAGUGUCUUAACGAAAUUGUGAAUGCCGAGGAAGUCUAUUUUGGAGAUUCGACACCAAAGAACAUAUAUGGAACAUAUUGUUUCAAUACCAACGCCAAGCCUCCGUAUGGCAAAACUAUUUAAAAUUUCUGUUCCUUAGAUAAUAUAAUAAUACUUUACCUUAUAGACUAGUCAUUUUAUUUCGUAGAUUUGUUUUGGAUCUGUUAUCGUUUUAGUGAAUAUAAGCUUUAAGAUUAAA